CCGUGCCGGGCCGUGCCGUGCCGGGCCGUGCCGGGCCGUGCCGGGCCGGCGAGCAGCGCGCAGAGAGGCUCUGCAUUGACGUCACAAUGACACGGUGAGGCUGAAGGCAGGAGCUGGGAACAGUUCUUCUGCUUCAAUUCUGAUAAUUGAGUGGGUUUGCCACUACCACGUUCCUGCCAGCAUGGCAAAGAGUGCAGAAGUGAAGCUGGCGAUCUUCGGUCGAGCUGGCGUGGGCAAGUCAGCUCUCGUGGUGCGCUUCCUGACCAAGCGGUUCAUCUGGGAGUACGACCCCACACUGGAGUCGACAUACCGUCACCAAGCUACCAUUGAUGAUGAAGUGGUUUCCAUGGAGAUACUAGACACAGCUGGCCAGGAGGAUGCCAUUCAGAAGGAAGGACACGUGCGAUGGGGCGAGGGCUUCGUGCUGGUGUAUGACAUCACGGACAGAGGCAGCUUCGAGGAAAUGCUGCCGCUUAAGAACUUGCUGGAUGAAGUCAAAAAGCCCAAAAAUGUCACCCUGAUCCUGGUGGGGAACAAAGCAGACUUGGAUCACUCCAGGCAAGUCAGCACAGAGGAAGGUGAAAAGCUGGCCACGGAACUGGCGUGUGCUUUCUACGAGUGCUCUGCCUGCACGGGAGAGGGGAACAUUAUGGAGGCGUUCUACGAGCUGUGCCGGGAGGUGCGGCGCCGCAAGAUGGUCCAGGGCAAGACUCGCAGGAGGAGCUCCACCACCCAUGUCAAGCAGGCCAUUAAUAAGAUGCUUACCAAAAUCAGCAGCUAAAAAAGAGCUGUCCAAAGGCAGGGAAGAGUUUAGAGCGUGUUAGCUUGGACCAGGGAUGGGGCAAGCAGAGAGCGUUUAAUGAGAAAUGGUCAAAUCUUUGCAGCAGAAAAAAACCAAAAAGACAAACACCACCACUUUUUUGAGCAACAUGGAAUCGUACUGUUUUUCUGUUUUGAAAUGUAUUUAGCCACACUGCUUCUGACUAAUGUGGGGAAAAAAAUACAAACCACCAAGGGAAAAAAUAAACACCAAAUGAACUCCAAAGAACUAGACAAUUGUGGGGAUUGGCAACCAAGAGAGAAUCUUCUGCUUCUACAUGGCCAGCUCCAAUCCCCUGCAAGUCAGUAGUGCCUAAACGUCAUUUUCAACCAGACAGCUGCUCAGUAGCCAUUGGAGAGUAAGAUCCAGCCCUCAGUCCAUCAACAACCAUCACAACUGCUGUUCUCCAGGACUAAAUAAAUAAGUGUAGAGGCUUCUGUGUUGAAUCAGAAAGUUCACCUGACACCUUCACCAGCUCUAAGUUGGCUCAUUGUAUGCUUUCACUCCUUCCUUGUUAUUUUUGUCAAAUCCAUAAGUGUUGAUGUUUUCUUAGCAAAGUAUGCAAAAAAUACAGCAAAGGUCUAUUAUAUUACCUGGAGUGUUUAGCCAGCUAGACACACAUUUCAAGAGAGAUGAAGUUCAGCUGCUCUUCCAGCUCCUCUGAAACUGCAGAAUUCUCCAGAAAUAAUCAUCUAGUCCAGCAGUAUUUCCUCCUGAAAAUUUAGUACUGUGCUUCAGGAAAUGGGAGUAUGAGUGUUGGGAAUUCAAACUGGAAAAAAAAGAGAAGAAAAGAAAAAAAAAAAAAGAAGCAUAUUACUAAUGAUCUAGCAAUGGGUAGCUUUUAGAUUUUUUUCUUUUUUUUUUUUUCAAUUCAAGUAGUUCUUCUAAGUCUAUUUUACACCUAAGAAGAACUGAAUCCUUGGGAAGACAAGUAUUUAAAGUCUAAGCCCAAAAGUAAUCAGCUCUGAUUGGCCUCUACCAUAUUAAAAGACCAUAAUUUCCAGCUGUUUAAGCUUCCAGAUGCUGCUUGGAGCACUCUGGGGCUUAAAGCAGUGCAGGUUUUUUGUGACUUUUAUCUGGCACACUGAAGCAGGAACGCCUUUUGUCAAAUUUUGGUGCCUGCAAUAAAACACCUUUUUUCCUUCUCCUUCAUCAUCUCAUUUAAGCCAGCUGUCAAGUUUUGCCUCCCAUCUAGUUGGUUUGUUAACUGCUAAAAGAUGCAAGAAUCAAGGUUGGGAGGUUUUCAUUCAGGUUGUGCUGCUCUCCCACCAGUGGUGUAGCAUCCCUUCAGGCAGCUCAGGCUGUCAGCUGGUACAACCACGGCCAAGGGCUGGGAUGACAAAUUAGCAGUGUUCUCCUUGGAGCAACAGCUCCCUUGUAGCAACUGCUGACAACUUCAUUCUCCGCUGCUUUGUACUUCAUGUGGUUAUUUGUGAGGAAGUAACUCCAAAAGGCUAUCAAAUGCAAAUUGCCACAGUUGUAGGAAAGUGAGUAAAUCCAACUGGAGUUAUACAUAGCCAUAUAGGUGGUGCAACAGGCUGAAGAGGCAGAUCUGUAUAUCCCAGUGAACAGAGAAAAGUUCCAAAUUAGCACUUCUAUUAAAAGCAUUCACUUAGAGAUAUUUUACCAAAGUAAAUUUUUUUUUAAACUUUCCCUUUUACCCCACCAGCAAAGAAUAUCUCAUUCAGAUGUAUGGUUUAUUUGAGCUGUUGUUUGUUUUCUCUGCUGCUGUAUUCUAGGUGGUAAAAACUCCUUUCAUUGUCCUGGAAUCAAAGUCUGUAUUUUUGGUCCUCACAUGUGUUCCUGUGUGCUGCUGUACAUCAGCUGGACACAACUUCACUGUGUGCUUCUGGGCAGGGGAUUCUUGCAACAGGCCUCUGUGACACACUUGUUCCCAAACUCCUCAUCACAUUAUGCACCUAAAAAAAAAAAAAAAAAAAAAAAAAAAGAAAAGAAAAAAAAAGGAAAAUAAAGGUUUUGCCAUUUUUAGUCCUAUUAGUAAUGUAGACUCAAUCCAAGAGUAAAAGAGUGAGCUACUGCCUGUUCACAAAGCCUGUUCACAAAGCAGAAUUCUGUAGCUGAGGGGCUGAACUUGCAAGCAAUUCAGUUACAUCAGGAGCCAGAGUGAGCAUUUGCAAGUUGAAGCACUGUGGUUCUGUUAUUUCUCAAAUCAGUGCUGGUGCACAUAUCUGAAGUAAACAAAAUCCUUACCUGCAAUCCCAUGGCAACGUAGCCAGGUCUUUACUUUGGUAUGCUAAGCAAUUGAUUCAUCCCUCUUAGGAAACUUCAACAGCUCUUUUAUCUGAAAAACCUCGCUUGGGGCUCAGGUUGGAGCUGCAUUUAAAAUAGAAAAAGGUUAUCAAUUAAUGACAAGAGGAAAUAAUUAUUCAUAUUCAUACUAGAAGAACUGAAAGGAAGGAGAGGCUGAGGUACAGCCCUCAUACUUUCCAAAAGAUUUCCAGUAAACUGUACUUUUUUUUAUAACAUCUGUGCAGAUAAAUUCUAAAAUCCUGGUGAAAAGAAAAGGUUCCACUGUGCAAACAUCCCUUGUUACAUAAAGAACCUAUAAUAAAAAUAGCAACAUAUUUUUGCAAAGACUGAAUUUGAAAACUGCCAAACAAGAUAAACACUUGGUCAAAAAGAAGGCUGCCAUUUUGUGACCUUUCCUCCAAAACAAACACAAACUUCAUUACUUAAUUGCUCAUUUUUUUCCCUCAAAGCCAGUUCUACUAUAGUGUAUUAUAUCUGUUGAUGUGCAUUGCACAGUAUUAAAUGUAAUUUGAUUUACUGUUGCUCACAACAUAUUACUGGAUCUAAGUCUGUCAGAUUUCCACAGUGUGCAAAUUCAGCCCAAAAUUGCCCAAGCAUUAAAAAGGCUGAGUGCAGCAUGAACCUACAUUCAGUAGCCCUUCUGCAGCAGGAAUCAACAGAUCAAAUUCUGUUUUUCCUGGAGCUGUUUAAGUGUAUGUAUAUGACACAAACAAUAAAUUUCUCUCCAUUUCUGCAGAGAGAGGAUGGGAAGAGCAAUGAACAAAAAAGGGGAGAAAAAGUGAAAGGGAUACUUGUUACCUGCAACAAGUUGAUUGUCACUUAUGAAGUUUUUAAAAUAUUUAUCUUCAAUUGAUGAAGAGUUAGUCAUGCCCAUGCUGCAAGACCUGGAUCAGGACCCAAAACUUCCCUAGAACUUUGAGAAUCUUCAUAUCUGGGAGUUUGGUGCAACUACAGAUGGAAGUGAGGAUCAGCCACUGGGGUUGCACCUGGAUCCAGACAGGUUGUCCCCAGCCUGGGGAUGGUUGGAUCUGGCAGUUUGCUACAAGGCUAGUUGAUUUUUAUAUAUAUAAUGAUCUGUAUGCAUUUUUACAUUAAAAAUAUGAAAGCUUGUGCUUGUAGAUAAUAUAUAAGAAAAAAAAAUAAAAAAGAAAAAGAAAAUUGUGUUUUCUGUACUGAA